CGUUGCUGUCGACGGUCGUGUGCGUGGGACGGGGAUGCGCUUGGCCGUCGCUGUGUCGUGUGUCGCGGGGAGCGAGCCUCCCUCCCUCCGCCCACCAUCUCCCUUCCCCCCUUCGGGCCCCGUUCCGUUCGUUCUCCCCGGGCUGGCUCCGGAAUGCUUUUCUAUGCUUUUCUCCUCCUUCUUUUCAUGCCCCUGGCGGAUGUGGUCGGCGCAAUGAAGGUGCACACGCCCAAGUCGGACGGGCUCGCGUUCGUCGGGAGCGGCACGGUGCCCGUCGCGUGGUCGGCGGCGCAGGACGCGGGCGACCCGCCCCGGUUCGCGCUCAUGGUGAACCGGCCCGUGGGCGGGGCGACGACGCUCGUCCCGGGCGUCGUGGACGUCCCCGCGAGCACGGGCCGCGGGGUGAUGAAUGUCCCGCUCGCGAUUGGGACGUUCUUCAUAUCGGCCGUCGACCCAGACGACCCGCUCCGCGUGUUCGCGCAGAGCAAGCUGUUCACGGUGACGCCGACCGGAAUCAACAACAUCGAGUCCACCAACGACCGUGACGACGUCGGCGACGCCGCGCAGGCCGGUUUCAGCAGCAGCAGCUCAACGCUCCCGUCCCUCCCCUCCCCGUCCGCCUCCGCGCUCCCCGGCCCCGCGCUCAAACCCGCCGUCAUCGGCGGCAUCGUCGCCGGCGUUCUGCUCAUCCUUCUGGUCAUCGGCACCGCGCUCUUCGUCCUCCGCCGCCGGGCCCGUGCGCGCGCCGACGUGCAGCGCAGCGUCACGUUCCACCGCAGCCGCAUGGUCCGGCAGCCCGGCGGCGGCCACGACCCCGAGAAGGCCGCCGCGCCCGGAGCCGGGCCGGCCGUCGCCGCGGCGCCCCCGAACGCGUACCUCGCGGCGCGCGGCGCGGGGCUGCAGGCCGAGUUCGACGACGUCUCCGUGGAGGGCUCGGCCAUCAGCAUCUCCACCGACGCCCCGACCGCGGCCGCGCCGUCGUCGUACGCCGCGUCGUCCAUCUCGCGCGCCCAGUCGACACGUGCCCAGCCGGCGCUGUACGCGGCGGACCUCGCGCCGCAGCGCUACAAGCACGCGUCGCGCGACAGGGAGAAGGACGCGUACCCCUUCGCGCGCUAG